AUGGCCACGGCAGGGUCCCGCCAGCUCCAGUUCGGGGACAGCACCGCGUUCCCGUCGUACCGCCCCGCGCAGGCCGGUGGGGCGCUCCCGCCGCCCCCGAGCCCCGCCGCCGCCCUGCUCCCCGCGAGUCCCUCGGGCCACGGCCCGGAGCGUGGCGCCCCGGCCGCCUUCACCGGCUUCGUCGGGCGAGGCCCCGGGCCCGCCGCGCCACCCUGCGCCGCCCUGGGCCCACCUGGGCCCCCCAAAGGCGCGGCCGCCCCGUCGGUGUCGCAGCGCCGGAAGCGCACGUCGUUCAGCCCCGAGCAGCUGCGGCUACUGGAGCUUGUCUUCCGCCGGAACAUGUACCCCGACAUCCACCUGCGCGAUCGUCUGGCCGCGCUCACCCUGCUCCCCGAGUCCAGGAUCCAGCAGUUUUUCCGUCCCCUCUUCCAGGUGUGGUUCCAGAACAGACGUGCCAAGUCCCGGCGUCAGAGCGGGAAGCCCUUUCAACCUUCAGCCAGGCCGGAGUCCUUCCUCCACCACCCUGCUCAUGGACCUGAAGCGAAAUGUUUGAAGUCCCAGCUGCCUCUGGAGGUGGAUGUGAACUGCCUGCCAGACCCCAACAUGGUUGGAGGGGGCAGCUCUGACCCUAGCUCCCAAGGUCAGAAUUUUGAAACCUAUUCUCUUCUUCCUGAAGACAUUGGCUCGAAGCUGGACUCAUGGGAGGAACAUGUCUUUUCCUCCCUUGGUAACUCUUGAGGAUUCUAGAAUUCCAGAUAGGAUCAGGGGAGCCAUGACUGACAGCCGGGGAGACACACAUCAGAAUAUUGUCCCUUCUGGCUUCCAUGUUAAAGACACAUCCAUGUGAACGCUGAUGAUGGUUUUGACAAUCAUCUCUCACCUGUGAAGCUCCUUCUCCUAGGAACCUUUACCCAGGCCCAGUUCUUUCUCUGUAGCACAGCCGCCCUAGUUCUGGCAUUCAUUGUAAUCUGUGCAUCUCCAAAUCUGCACCUUCAAUUCGGUCUCCAUCCCUGCUCCUUGCCAGUCCUAUUCUUAUGUUUUGGAUUGGAUUUUCAGAGCUCAUUAUCUUCUUCACGAGAACGCCUCAGCUUGACUCAGUUUCCCCUUGUGCUUGACAGCUGCUGUCUUCUCAUGCUUCCUCCAAGGCAUCUCAUAACCGUAAACUCUCACCCAGCUCCUUCAAUCCUCACCCUGUCACCAAGAUUUACUGCUUUUUAAAUGUGGUCUGUCAUCUUUACACUUGGUAGUAGCUGCAAUGCUUCUGCAUCCAGAUUAUUUGAGGAGCUCCGUGCCUCUAGCUUCACAACUUUUAAAAAAUUACUGUUUAGAAAUCUGUAGUCGCCUCCAAUUGCUAUCAAAUUAUAAAAAUUUGGUUAUCCUCCCAGGUAGUUAACUGACAUCUGUAGCCUCCAGGGCAGUUAUGCACAUCUUC